AUGACAAGAAGGAUUAGCAAGGGUCGUCAAAGGGUUGAAAUGGUGAAAAUGAAGAAUGCGAGUAACUUACAAGUUACGUUUUCUAAGCGUCGUGCUGGUCUGUUUAAAAAAGCUAGUGAACUUUGUACGUUAUGUGGUGUUGAAAUUGCCAUAGUGGUAUUUUCCCCGGGUGAUAAAGUUUUCUCCUUUGGUCACCCUAGUGUGGACACGUUGGUGGAGAGGUUCCUUGGGAGGGACCUCCCUCCACCAAAUAACGAUGUCCACAAUCAACUAAUUGUGGCUCAUAGAGAAGCUGGUAUUCGUGAGCUCAAUACGAAGCUCAUGAACCUCGAGGAGGUUCUCCAAAUGGAGAAAAAUCGCGGAGAAUCCCUACAAGAAAUUAGGAGGAGAACUAAUGGUCAAUGGUGGGAAUCUCCUAUCGAAGAACUUAACUUAUUCCAACUUCAACACUUGAAGGAGGCAUUGGAAAGGCUAGAGCAAAAGGUUGAAAAAGUGGCACAACAACAAAAUAUGGUGAAUAAUCAUGCAUUCCCAUUUCACACACUUGGAAGUGCUUGGACUCCUCCUAAUUGUGCUAGGGAAAGUUCUUCAUAUGGACUCAAUGUUGGUGCACACUUUGCUAAUAGGGCAAUUGGAUCUACUUCUUCCGUAGUUCCCAAUUACUAG